CCUUUUUACACUCUCGGUCUAUGUUGCUUUGACCGCGGAGCCUCCGAAUCCCGUCGUGCCUUGCGGUUUCUCGUCGUUCCGGCUCUUUGUAAUCAUAGAGACGAGACAAGGUCUCAAGGGUGCGUGCGCGCCCCCCUAGUGUCCGACUUUGGCAUUGGCGGCGUUAAGCGAAGGAUAAAGGAAAGCGCGUCGCUCCUGCACCGCCGCUGGCUCCCAUUGACCGGGGCGGGUUUGGAUGAGCAGUUUAACAUCGCGGUCGUUUGCGUGCUUACUCAGAAAUGGAUAUUCAGCGAUCCCUGGAACUCUUGCACAUGACUGUCUACUCCCAGAGCGUCUCGCCAUGUGGCAAGUACUUGGCAGCUGGGAACAACUAUGGAGAGAUUGCCAUCUUCAGCCUUUCUGCAGCACUGAGUUCAGAGGCUAAGGAGGAGAGCAAGAAGCCGGUGGUGUCCUUUGCAGCUCACGAAGGUCCUGUCUAUGCCCUGGUUUCCACAGACCGGCAGCUGCUCAGUGCUGGCAAUGGGGAAGUCAAGGCCUGGAACUGGAGUGAGAUUGUGAAGAAGGGUUGUAAAGAAGCCUGGAGCAGGAGGCCGCCUUAUGGGAGCAGCUUGGAGGUGCCAGAAAUCAACAGCCUUCAGCUGAACCUCAAGGAUAAUAGUCUUCUAAUGGCUGGGGGAGACUGUUCCAUUCACAUGAUGGAUCUGGAAUCUGGCACCUUUACGCAAGAAUAUCAAGGCCACACUGAUUAUAUCCACUGCCUGGCCCUUCGAGACCAGCUCAGGGAGUGCCUGUCAGGGAGUGAGGACGGCACUGUGCGCCUUUGGGAUUUACGUACUGGAGGUCAGGUUCAAUCAAUUGAAGUACAUAAAUAUGAGGAAUGCAAUAGGCCGCAGAACGGGAAGUGGAUCCGUUGCCUGGCAACCGAGUCUGACUGGAUGGUGUGUGGUGGAGGGCCAGCGCUCACUCUGUGGCACCUGCGGUCCGUCACACCUACCACGAUAUUCCCCGUGCCCCAGUGUCAGCAACAAGUCAUGUUCUACCAGGACUUGAUUCUCUCGGCGGGCCACAGCCCCACCAUUAACCAUUUGCAGAUCAGUGGGGAAGUGAAGGCCCAAAUCCCUUGCAUCCCACACUGCAUCCACUCUCUUUCCAUCAACGAACACUCGCCAGAGCACAAGGUGCUGACAGCUGCCGGAAGCAGCCACCGCAUUGACGUCUUCACCAACUUUGGUUACCGGGCCUUUUCCCUCACCUUCUCUUAAGGCUCGGAUGAUUCCGUUUCCAUAAACUGGUGCUGUUCAAGGAGUGCCUGGGCGGGACAGGCAGCCCCACUCGACAGGCUGCUGCGUUCAGGGAUGAGUGAGCCACAGCUGGCUGGGCUGUCAGUUGGGGGAAGGAGGCUCUUCACUAAGGAGAACAAACCCCCUGGACCUGCUAGGGAAUGAACUUCAUGGGUUUUAAAGUUGUGGUAAAAAAUGAAAGGAAUUGGGAACUCUCUUUAUUGUAACUAGCAAUCCCCAAUUCCACAGUCAAGAUUAACCUUACAGGCAAGAAGCUGUUAAAUCUAUUUCGAGUUAAGUGCAUUAAAACAUAUUUUUUUAGACUGAAAUGUGGAUGCCCUCAGAAUGUUUGUUAUGUCUUUGUCCUAUCCUUCCUUCGAGGAAGCAGACAGAGUUCCCUUCUUGUUCUCUCAAAAAUAUUGUGUAAGGUACGUGAAUCCGAGAGGCGAUGGCUGACACAAUGUUCAGCUUUGUGGCAGAACUUGAACUUGGGUCUCUCCAGUCGAGCCCUCAAACCUGGGGGACAGGGAUUCAAGGGCCCUCCAGUCAGGUGGACUACAACUCCCAUCUUCCCUGAUCAUUGGCAGUGCUGGC